AUGGUCUCAUGCCAUCAAGUCUGCUUCAUCGGAUCGGAGUACAUCCCACAAUCUGGUAUCCCACCCCGUUGGUUUUUACUGUACAAAGAUCCGUGCGAAUGCACCGCUAUACGUCUCGGUGGGAUGCGCAAUCCUGCUUCAUCAUACUCUCAGAGGGCGCCCUACUACCUGAACGAGCUUUUCCUGAGCGAGGAUUCUGACGAAAUUAAGACCUACUUCACAUGCAGUCGCCUGACCACAGUUCGUACAGCGACAGCCGAAUGUCCAAGUCCAGCGCCCCUUGGGGUCGGGGACAGGGCAAUAAUCCCCGAUGAUCGCAUCAGAGCGUCAAGCAGUGAUUGUUGCCCGGCAGUGUGGGCCCGUCUCAACGACGUGUCUUCUGGAUGGUCACCCGCAAUAUUCGAUAACAAUGCCUGGAUCGAAGUGGACUUGGUUGAGAGUACAGUGGUGAGUGGGGUCACCACACAAGGCCACUACGAUUGGUAUGUUACGGAGUACAAAGUUGUGUAUAAGAAGUUGCCCUCGUCUGACUAUGAACCCGUGACGGAAGGAAACGGAAACGUCAAGGUGUUCAUUGGUAACAUUAAUGGCAACACCCCGGUCACUAACUUUUUUGAGGAGAGCUUGGUGGCCACGGUAGUGCGCAUUGAGACCAUUGCAUGGGUAGGAGAAGUCACCCUGAAGUUCGAGUUGCUUGGAUGUCGACGUGGCUAA